AGCUUCUGGCUCAGGGAGAGGCCCUGUCUUAGUAGCAGUUCAGAAGUGGUAGUGUGCAUGUGCAUGGGUCCUCCACACUUGCAUAGAUGCGGGUAGAGCAAACAAGUGAAUGUGAAUACAAUAAGCCAGCAGUUAGAGUGAACAGGUCAGCUCCCAGUGCUUUAUGAGAAAGGGAAUGCAGUCUAAAACCUGCUAACAAAAGGGCUGGAGACCACAGACAUGUAUGUGAACCUCUUCUUAAAGGGAGAUUUAUUUUUAUUUAUGUGUACGUGUCUGUGUUAGAAUAUGCUGUGUGCUGCCCUGCCCCGCUGCAAGGAGACCAGAAGAGGGUGUUAAAUCUGGAGCUGCUUGUUGUAGGCACCCAGUGCAGAUGCUAGGAACUGAACUCAGAUACCCUGAAGAUCCUCAGAAAUGUUUCUAACCAUUGAGCCAUUGCUGCAACCCCUCAUGGGAACGCUUUGUGGACUGAAGGCAGAUCUCUGUGCUACAUAUGUAUCUCUCUUCCUCUUGUAAACACAUGUGGGAUGUUUCAGGACUUAGUGACCUUCGAGGAUGUGACUGUGAACUUUACCCAGGAGGAGUGGGCUCUGCUGGACGCGUCCCAGAGGAACCUUUACAGAAAAGUUGUCGGGGAAAUCUUUAUGAACUUGGCCUCUAUAGGGGAAGGAUGGGACCAGAAUAUUGAAGACUGGUACAGAAAUCAGGGCAGAAUCCUAAGCAGCCAUAUUGUGGAGAGACUUAGUGACAGCAAAGAAAGUAGCCUUUGUGGAGAAACCAUCAGCCAAAUUCUUGACCAAGAUCUGAAAAAGAAAAGCUCUCCUGGAGUAAAUCUCUGUGAAUGUAGUGUGUGUGGAUUAGCCUUCACGCCUUGUUCGUCUGGGAAGCCCAGCAGAGCACACGCUGGACCGGAAGUAUGUGAUUCCAGAUGCAAACCGUGUGAGACAGCCUUCCACGAUUACUCUUUCCAAGUCAAUGGCAAGUCUCACCAUGAAGACAAACCCGACGGGUGUCGGGAACACGAGGACGACUUUCUUUCUUUUACCAGCCUUGGUGACUUCAUUAUAACUCGUACUGAAGGUGGACCCCAUAAAUGUAACGUGUGUGGCAAAGGUUUGCACUACCCCAGCUCACUUAGAAUCCACGAGAGAAUCCACACAGGAGAGAAGCCCUAUCAGUGUGAACAGUGUGGGAAAGCCUUCAGCUGUUGGGGCUCAGUUCGAAGACAUCAAAGGACCCACACUGGCGAGAAGCCCUACAACUGUAAGGAGUGUGGGAAAACCUUCAGUUCUCUCUCAGGCCUUAAAGGACACAUGAUAAGACACACUGGGGGUGGACCUUAUAAGUGUAAGGCUUGUGGAAAAGUCUUUAACUUGCCCAGUGCGCUUAGUAAACACGAGAGAACUCACACGGGGGAGAGGCCUUUUCUGUGUAAGUACUGUGGGAAAGCAUUCAUUUGCUCCACCUCAGUCCGAAAACACGAGAGGACUCACACUGGAGAAAAACCCUAUGAGUGUCAGCGGUGUGGGAAGGCCUUCAUUUCUAAUUCAGGCCUCCAAGGACACAUGAUCAGACACACCGGGGUUGGGCCUUACAGAUGUAAAUUCUGUGGGAAAGCCUUUGGCUCUCCCAGUGCGGUUCUGAGGCAUGAAAGUGCUCAUAAUGUUCUCCCCGGAGUAAAACCCUGUGAAUGCAGCGUAUGUGGAAAGGUUUUCUCCUGUCGUUCCUCUCUUAAAAGGCACAUGCAGUGUCAUACUGAGUAUAUAGAGUGGUUGAGUCACAAAUACGGAAUAAAGUCAUACCAGUGUAAGGAGUGUGGGAAAACAUUCAGCUUUCGAAGUUCCUUUCGAAUACAUGAGAGGACCCACACUGGAGAGAAGCCGUAUAAGUGUCAGCAGUGUGGGAAGGCCUUCAGCUGGCCCAGUUCCUUUCAGAUACACGAGAGGACCCACACUGGAGAGAAGCCCUACACAUGUAAGGAGUGCGGCAGAUCCUUCAUUUAUCACACCACCUACCAAGGACACAUGAGGAUGCACUCCGGAGAGAAGCCCUACAAGUGUAAGGAGUGUGGGAAGACAUUCAGCCACCCCAGCUCCUUUCGAAACCAUGAACGGACUCACUCUGGAGAGAAGCCCUAUGAGUGUAAGCAGUGUGGGAAAGCCUUCAGAUAUUACCAGACCUUUCAGAUACACGAGAGAACACACACCGGAGAGAAGCCUUAUCAGUGUAAACAGUGUGGGAAAGCUCUCAGCUGCUCCACGUCUUUUCGAAGUCACGAGAGGAUUCACACUGGAGAAAAACCAUAUAAAUGUAGAAAAUGUGGCAAAGCCUUUAGUUUCCCCAGCUCCUUUCGCAAACAUGAAAGGAUUCACAGUGGAGAGAAGCCUUAUGACUGUAAAGAAUGUGGGAAAGCCUUCAUUUCUCUCCCAAGCUUUCGAAGGCAUAUGAUAAUGCACACUGGAAACGGGCCCUACAAGUGUAAAGAGUGUGGGAAAGCCUUCGAUUGUCCCAGCUCAUUUCAAAUUCAUGAGCGAACACACACGGGAGAGAAGCCCUAUGAGUGUAAGGUGUGUGGGAAGGCCUUCAGCUGCUCCAGUUCCUUCCGCAUGCAUGAGAGGACACACACGGGAGAGAAGCCCCAUGAAUGUAAGCAGUGUGGGAAGGCCUUCAGCUGCUCCAGUUCUGUCCGAAUUCAUGAGAGGACUCACACUGGAGAGAAGCCCUACGAGUGUCAGCAGUGUGGGAAGGCCUUCAGCUGCUCCAGCUCCUUCCGCAUGCAUGAACGGAUUCACACUGGAGAGAAGCCCUAUGAGUGUCAGCAGUGCGGGAAGGCCUUCAGCUUCUCCAGUUCCUUUCGCAUGCAUCAGAGGGUUCACACGGGAGAGAAGCCGUAUGAAUGUAAGUGGUGUGGGAAGGCCUUCAGCUGCUCCAGCUCCUUCCGAAUGCAUGAGAGGACUCACACGGGAGAGAAGCCCUAUGAGUGUAAGCUGUGUGGAAAGGCCUUCAGCUGCUCCAGUUCCAUUCGGAUCCAUGAGCGAACACACACGGGAGAGAAGCCGUAUGAGUGUAAGCAGUGUGGGAAGGCCUUCAGCUGCUCCAGCUCCUUCCGCAUGCAUGAGAGGACACACUCGGGAGAGAAGCCCUAUGUGUGCCAGCAGUGCCACAAGGCCUUCAGCUGCUCCCGUUCCUUCCGCAUGCAUGAGAAGACCCACACGGGAGAGAAGCCCUAUGUGUGUCAGCAGUGUGGGAAGACCUUCAGAUGUGCUCGCUCCUUUAGAAUACAUGGAAGAACUCAUAAUGGACAAUGAUCCUUUAGAUGCAAAUCAUGUGAUAAAACUUUCCAUUGUCCCAUUGCCCUUUGAAGAUAUGAAAAGAUUCUUGCUUAGAGAAACACUGUGAACAAAAUAAAACUGGAAAACCUUUCAUUUCUCUAGUUGUGAGUCCCACAAAACCCCUGUGACUGUACGUGAUGGGGAAGCCUUCAGUGGCUAUGCAGCUUACUGAGGCCACAUAGAUACAUGCGUGGGGAAAGAAGCCCUGUGCGGUAAGUAAUGUGUAAAAGCCCUCAGUUGCUCAGUUAUCUGGGAAUCACAAACUCGUAUUACAGGGUAGCUAGAAUGUGAGCAUUGUGGGAAAGCAUCAGUAGACUGCAUUGUUUAAACACGAAGAGAUUCACUGCAGAGAACCCUUAAAAAGUGAGAAAUGAUGAUUCUUUUCCCAUGUUAUUGAAUGCUCACAUGAUACUUAUUUGAGAAAUUGUGAAUUCAUGAAGACAACCAUUGGAAAGGAAUUCUAUAAGUGUGGACAAUAUUGGGAAGUUUCAUGUAAGUUUGUAUGUAUAUUAUAUAUUCUUGAAAAGGCAUAAAAUGAAAGAAAUGGAAUUUUCUUUUGUCAGAUGCUCAUUCUUAACACUGUGAUUCUGUACUAUAUAUUUCUGUUAGUUUGUUUAUAUGAACAUUGAGGUUAGAUU